GACGGUAGAAAUAGAUUAUCAAAUGAAGAGAGAAGAUGGGGGGAAAAAAGACAAACCUGAAGGAGGGGCAGAGGGAAAAGAAAGGUAUGUGGCUGCCUGAUAGUGUGAGAGGGAAUACGAAGAGAAGAGAGUAGAAGAAGGAGGCAAAGAAAUUAAAUAGGCACGGAAAGAGAUCAUAAGAGAAGAGAGACUGAUCCAUAAACGUCCUUCCGUGAGAAAUGCACCUGUUCUGUCGUCUGCUGUUCUUGACAAUUACCCUUCACCUUGGUGUUGUCAAGGGUGGAAGAGCCCAGCGUAAACAGAGGCAGGCUGAGGAGAAAUUAAGGCCGUAUUUGGGCAGAGUGGAUCCAGAAUCCCUGUGUCAGCUGUUGAAAUGUCACAGUCCUAUUGGUUCCUGGUGCCAAGUAGUGAAGGAGGGUGGAGUUCUCAUCCCUAAAUGUGUGUGUCCAAAGACCUGCCCACGGCAGGGGGCACCAGUCUGCAGCGUUAUGGGGAAGAUGUACAGCAAUGAGUGUCUUCUUCACAAGGAGGCCUGCCGCAAAAAACGACGCAUUGGCAAGGCACAUACUGGAGCUUGUCUGGUGAGCGAGGCUGAGUGCUCUGAGGAAGAGUUCGGUCAGUUCCCGUACCGUCUGCUGGACUGGUUCUUACUCCUCAGCAGAAUGGGAGAGAGAUACACACCAGCCGCUCCCUCACAAAGCUGCCUCACACACACACAGCGAACACAGCUUGCAGAGAGGAGGUUCGUUCUGCUGGAUCGCAACAGGGACGGGAAGUUAAGCAGAAGAGAUCUGAGAAAGCUUCACUAUAAGCGGAUGCCACUGGAGCACUGCGCUCAAAGAUUCUUCCAGUCAUGUGACAAGAACAAGAAUAAGAAGGUGACCUUGAGGGAGUGGACAUCCUGUCUGGUUGACCGGUCAGAACGCUGGUUUCAGGAUUUCAUGUCCGUGAAGAUGGGCUCACCAAAGCUGUGUCCUGUCCCAGACAACAACCUUUAAAUUUAGAUGCUUCAUCCAGGGGGAAUCGUAUUUUAAACCUCAUCAGCUUGAUUCGUGAAUAUUAAUUAAUUAGCUGACAUGACA